CCCCGAGCGACGUCACACCAAGGUGGAAGAAGUCGAGCGCAUUUUUCCAUCCGUUUAUUACCCAAGGAAAACUCACCGACAGUGGCACACAGACGCUUCUACCUGUAGCCGGUGCGCACCGAAGAAAAGAGAACGGCGAACAUACAGCAGCACCAACGAAAAUAUAUUUUAAUUUGUUAGAGAGGCAGCAAAGCUCUGUCUUUGACAUCAUCAUUUCAUUGGUUUAAAUAUCACCCAAAGUGGCGAGACUCCGAGUGUCCUCACAACUAGAGCUGUUUCGCGCGCUGUUUCGCAGCCAGAGGACCUCACUGCUUGAAGUCGUUCCUCCUCAGACAGUUUUGAAAGCGUGUAAUGUGCUGCGACAGAGCAGAACGACAAUGAAGAGGUUAACCACACCUUUGAAAGCGGACAUCUCCUCAGUAGCCUCUUGACCAACUUUGUUGCGCAUUAAGAUGCGCCCGACAGAAGAGGAGUUGGAUGAUGCACUUUUUGCACUCUCGUUGACAGACAGUUUCCAGUGAGCUUUUGCUGAGUGCACCGUCAGAAAUUAAGGGCCUCCUAUGUAUUUAAGAAAGAAUCCAACUCGGUAUUGGCUGAGCUCAUCAAUACUUUAAACUUUACUGGGAUUCCUUGAGGAUUUGCUGCGUUCACCAUGACUGUUCGUCUAUCACGCAUCCAACUGGCCCUGUUCUUUAUCUUGCUCUGUCCGGUCAAUAUCAUCGGACUCUGGUGGGCGGUCGGCAGUCCGCUGGUGAUGGACCCCAACAGCAUUUGCAGGAAGGCGAAGCGUCUGGCGGGGAAGCAGGCUGAGCUGUGCCAGACUCAGCCAGAGAUUGUCAGUGAGGUGGCCAAAGGAGCCAGGCUGGGCAUCAGGGAGUGCCAGUACCAAUUCAGGUACCGCCGGUGGAACUGCACUAGCCACAACAAGUACUUUGGCAAAAUACUACAGCAAGAUAUCCGGGAAACAGCGUUUGUUUAUGCCAUCACAGCGGCUGGUGUGGCCCAUGCUGUGACCCAGGCCUGCAGCAUGGGAGACCUCCUGCAGUGUGGCUGUGAGGCGACCAGAAAUAGAGCACCUCCAAGACCGUCUCCAACCUCCUCCUCUGGGGACGGAGUCAAGUGGGAGUGGGGGGGCUGCGGGGAUGAUGUAGAGUUUGGAUAUGAAAAGUCAAAACAGUUUAUGGAUGCCAAGAGGAGACGGGGGAAGAGCGACAUCAGGACACUCAUUGACCUGCACAACAACGAGGCUGGGCGACUGGCGGUAAAGCUCUACAUGCGGACAGAGUGCAAGUGCCAUGGAUUGUCAGGCUCAUGCACCUUGCGAACAUGCUGGAAAAAGAUGCCACAUUUCCGUGAGGUAGGCGACCGCCUGCUGGAGCGCUUCAACGGCGCUUCCAAAGUGAUGGGCGGCAACGAUGGCAAGACCCUGAUCCCUGUUGGCCAGAAUAUAAAGCCGCCAGAUAAACAGGAUCUGAUCUACUCUGACGAGUCGCCCGAUUUCUGCCUUGCAAAUCGGAAAACUGGUUCUCUGGGGACACGGGGGCGCAUGUGCAAUAGCACAGCCAUGGACAUCAGCGGGUGUGACCUGCUGUGCUGUGAGCGCGGCUACCGGGAGGAAACAGUGGUGUUUGAGGAGAACUGUCUGUGUCGUUUCCACUGGUGUUGUGUGGUCCAGUGCAAAAAGUGCUUGGUCCGAAAAGAGCUUAGUCUCUGUCACUGAUGAACUGAUGAACUAAGGUUGAGAACAACCUAUAUUACUUGGUUAAUUAUAAUUACUUCUGUUACUUUUUGAGGUUUUUGCUUUAGUUUGGCUAGUGUGAGAGAAGGAUAGUGUUUGGACUUUCAUAUUGAUCCUUUUGUUUCUGUUUUUGCACCAGUCACAGUCAGAGAAUGCCCCAAAAAGGUUCAUUUAAAAUAGUAUUUUGUCCCAGUUCUGGCUGUUGGGUCCCCAGGAAUUUUGACAGACAUAAGAGGUGCAACCACAUGGAAACAAUGGCAAGGGGAAAUAAAGUAAGUAAAAAAGAAAAUAAAAUAUUUCUUUCUGAACUACCUAUUUUACUUUUUUUGUAGCCUAUUUGAAAAACUACCAAAGAAUGUGAACAUUUUCCAUUUCAGUGAAAGAGUAGGACCUACAUGUGGCACAGUUUCUUAGUGUCACUUCUACUAUCAGCUCAACAGCAGAGCUUCAUGUUGACUAUCUAAAACCAAAGAAUUUCAGGCUUCAGCUUGUGCGAUGUGCCUGAUUUAUUAUGGAGUUUCCUUCAUUUAAUGUUCGCUCUUAUCCUUUCUGUUGCUACCCCUGCCAAGCUUCCUAUUCUCACACGUCACUGUCACUGUCAUUUUUAUAGAUCACUGAUUUCAGAAAAGAAGUAGAACAUGGUUUCAGUUUGAAGUUAGGACAGACUGUUUACCUACUGUAACUAGCUAAUUAUACUAAUUGGUUAAAAAAACAGUAUCUGGCUGACACAAAAAUGGGAACAAUUAGCUAAAGAAAUACUUCUUGACCUUGGAAGUAACUUUGUGUAGUUUACUAGUGCAGGUAGUAAGCUAUUUAGAUUAUAUUUAAGCAGCCUACAUUAGAGCAGGUAAAAACACACUUGAAUCCAUCCUUUACUCUUUUACUGUUGUGUAUUGGGGUUUUGGAAACACCAAAAAAUCACCCCCUUGCACACUCUUAUAUACACGUAUAUAUACGCAAUAUCACUCAUACUAUAGCCCCAUACACCACUUCUGCGGGUGGAGCUUGACAGAGCUGUUAUGCCUUGUUUCAGUUGCUAAAUUGUGAUCAGACAAUUGCUGUUCAUGGUAGGGUUUUAGUGAAUGGUCAAACUGGCUGCUUUUCUACAAAGGCCACACUGACUAUAAUGAAAUGUUUUGAGCAUCUAAGGAUUCUUUUUCUGCUAUCUGUUAUUUCAAGUCCUUCAGAGACAUUGCUUUCUACCUACAAUAUCCUGUAGGAUCUCACUAUGGUCACACUGUUAGCUCACAGUGUAAAAGUGCAACAAUUUUACAGAUUAUGCAUUACCAAUAAUCAGAGCAUCUUUGCAUUUUACCACACCAAAAUCUUUCAAAAUGUUGCUAGCAAUCUGUCUCGUAGUUACUGUAGCCUAGCAUAUUAAUUGAACAAGCAACACCAAAAGAUGCUAGUCUUAACAUUUGUUUCCACAAAAAAGGGAAAUGGUACCAUAUUAUCAUAUUUGAAGAAUGCUGUCAACACUAUGUUUUGCAGGUGUGGACUUGGCCUGACAGCAAAGACUGUUAUUUAUAUAAAGAUAUGAUGACAAGACUACUCACUUCCAUCACUCUCAGAAGCACUUUGGAUAUGAUGGCUGCCGUGGACUUCCUCAAUAACUUGGCAAUAAAACCUUUUGGGGUUGUCUGUUUCUGUUUAAUCACAAGAGAAGCCUUUAUUUACAUGACAUUGUUUGGUAUCAAGGUAAUGUACAUAAUGUAUUUUGUUUGUAUCUGUUCUGAUAUACAGGGCUAAUGUAAUAAUGCACUUUGGAUGUUAGCUUUCAUUUGAUAAUGUAUGUGUAUGUGCGUGCGUGUAUGGGUUUGAGAGAGUAUUGAUUGUGUGUGUGUGCAGGUUGGCCAGUUAUCACCGUAUCCUUUAGUUGACAGUACCUUUUAUAUACAGUAUCUUUGAGUGCCUGAACUGCAUUUUGUUGGUUAUUAAAAGCACACUGCUCUUUGACACUCUCUCUCUGUGAGAGGCAGACUAGAUCUUUUAUUUGUUGUUCUCUUCAGUAUCUGUGGAAUUAUGUUUCCCCAUAGACCAUAAAACAUGUCAUGUCAUUUACACUUAAGCUGUAUUACCAGACAAUGUAAAGUAAGUAUGAUGAAAGUAUGAUACUGCAUUGCUUUCACUUGUUCUGUUAAAGCUUUGACUUUGAGUGAGUGAGGUGGGAUCUUGUCUUACGCUUAAGGAUUCAGAAUCAUCUUAUUUGGAUCUUACAGUUGGGGGUGUUUAUAUGUUAAAUUAAGCACAUUCCAAGAACAUUUGAUUUUGAUUUUUUCUAAUAAUAAUUCCAUAAUUCUAAUCAGGUUUGGUGGGAAACAGCAGAAUGUAGCAAGAGUAAGAGAAAAACAUUUCACUAAGAAAGCAACCCAUUUUGGCCAACUUGGUUGUGUUGGUGUCAAACAGCUUACCUGUCAAUUGGUGUUACAGAAUUGAUCAAUUUGGCAUCUAUGUAAAGACAUUUUAUCAUGUUUGCUUCACAUUUUGUUAUGUUCUUCAUUUUUGUAUUCUUCAGAAAUAAUUUUUCAUAUCUGGAUGUUAUGUUGCAUUUUCAUUUAGCAUAAAACUACAGUUUGUGACUGAAAUUCAAAACACUAUCCAAAUAAAAAGUAAAACAUU